GAGGGUGGUGUCGGAAAGUCUAGCCUCACGUUGCAAUUCAUGCAACAUGAAUUUUUUGAGUCUUACGAUCCUACCAUAGACGAUAGCUACGUAACUACUGUUAUGGUGGAUGAAGUUCCUUGGCAGAUCGAAGUCAUGGACACUGCAGGGCAGGAAGAAUACCGUGAUCUGUGGGUGGAACAUGCGAUCACACAAGGCGAAGCUUUCAUUGUCACCUAUGCAAUCAAUUCGACUAGCUCUUUUAGAGCCAUACCACAUUUCUUGAAGCUGAUUGCCAACCGCACGAGUGGUAACAGCGGGUAUCGAAGCACCUCAGGCUCUCCGAAUCUCAAACCAAGGGACUUCCCCUUCCCCUUCGUGAUGGCAGGAAAUAAAGUGGACUUGAUUGAUCAGAGGAGCGUUGGGACCAGCGAGGGCGCUCAGCUGGCAUAUGACAGCGGAGGGUUGUUCUAUGAAUGUUCCGCAAAGGCCGCCACCAAUGUUGAGGAGAUCUUCUUUUCACUGAUCCGCUCAGUUGCAAAGCUACGUGAGGGUGCAAUCGCCCACCGGAAAAACUCGAAAAUGACUAAGUGA